GGUCUGUCUGUCUGCGUGUGUGAAGGCACAGACGGUUCAGUAGUAAUGUGAUGUGUGUCCCGAGGGAUGUUUGAUGGAUUAAUGCUGAGCAGCUCCAUUGCGAUGUACCACCUGAUCUCACUCCCACCGUCUGCCUCUAUAAAACCUGCCUGACUGCUGAUCUCAGCUAGUCUCUCAGUCUCUCCUCUCUCUGUCUGUCUCUCUUUCUUCCUCUCUCUCUCUCUCUUCUCUAUCUCUUCCUGCUCUCCGCCUCUGCUGCAGGCCAGGAGCUAUCCAGUGCUGAACAAGUGAAUUUUUUCUUUUUUCCAGCAGCGUAAGCGGUUGUGUGUGUGUACAGUAGCAGGCACACACGCACACAAACACACACACAGUAUUGUACCACCAGACAUCUCUCUCUCCUCCUGCGUGCUCUUCAUUUUUCCUUCAUCUAGACAUUGUUAAUUUUUUUUAAUUUCUGGAACGUGGAUCUUUUUUUUUUUUUUACAAACGGAUUUCAUUCGGGACGAUUUUUUCACCAGGGUUUUUGUGUGUGUGCAUGUGUGUCCGUCUGCGGCCGAUGUGAAGGAUUUCUGGUGCGUCUGUGUGCGUGCGACCGUGUGAACCAUGCCUCGCUCGUUUCUGGUGAAGAAAAUCAAACUGGAUGAUUUCUCCUCGUCUCCUGUGUCAGCAUCUAAUCAUCAUCACCAUCAUCAUCUCGAUGACUCCUUCACACGCUCUCGCUCCAGCCUGGGCGUCCGGCUUUGUGAAAAUGGCUACAUCCAGGAUUACAUCAGCUCUUCUGAAUACACAGAGGAGAAGCAGGCCGACACGAAGCUGAGCUCGGAUCCGUUGUACUCCCCAGUCAGCAGCGGAGGAGGGGAGUACUGCCAACCAGACCUGGAGCACCCGGACAGCCCUCAGUCCGGCCUCACGGCCCGCGAGUACUUCAGCAGCGAGAGCGAAUCUCUCAGUGAGGGAUACACCAUGGAUGCAUUCUUCAUAUCUGACGGCCGAUCAAGGAGAAAGGGAGAGGUCACGGAAGCAAGGAAAGCCGAAACAGAGGAGAAAGAAGUGGCUUCGGUGAACCACGGAGGUCCCCGACACACCUGCAACGAAUGCGGAAAGACCUACGCCACUUCAUCCAACCUGAGCCGACACAAGCAGACCCACCGCAGCCUUGACAGCAAGAUGGCACGCAAGUGUCCCACCUGCAACAAGGUUUACGUGUCCAUGCCGGCGCUGGCCAUGCACAUCCUCACUCACGACCUCAAGCACAAAUGUCACGUGUGCAGCAAAGCCUUCAGUCGGCCCUGGCUUCUUCAGGGGCACAUGCGAUCGCAUACGGGAGAAAAACCCUUCGCCUGCGCCCACUGUGGGAAAGCCUUCGCCGACCGAUCCAACCUACGAGCGCACAUGCAGACACAUUCGGCCUUCAAACACUACAGCUGCAAGCGCUGCAAUAAGACCUUCGCGCUGAAGUCCUACCUGAACAAGCACUAUGAGUCCGCCUGCUUCAGAGGCUCCGGAGACGAGGAUGAGUCUGGCUCCGAGAAUUAGCAAAAAGAAGAAAUGAAGAUGAGUUAAUGCUCUCAAAAAUCCCCCCCACGGACUCCCUACACAUACCCCACUUUCCCUUUUUUAGAAAGCAAUAUUUUGACCAAGAAAAAAACCAAACCAACCCAAUAAUAAGAAGACAAUAACGAAUAGAUGCUGGAUUUUUUUCUUUGGUAAAAAAAAAAAAAAAGACCCUCUCAUAUAGACACGUACAAUUAUGAGGCCAGGCAUGCAAAUUUUUAUGAACAUAAUACUGUUAAUAACGAUAGUAAUAAUAUUUAGAUUCCUGAUGUUUUAUAGCAAAUCAUGAAAAAAGACAUAAAAAAAAAAUUACAGCAACAGGUUUGUGCUUUUUUUGAGAAAUGAAAUCGAUUUGUAUUUUUAUGCUGCUCUUUUAUUUUGAAUUCUUUUGCAACUGCCAACACAAACUUUUUAUGAAAAUGUGAAUAAUGACAGUAUUUGCAAAAAAAAAGAAAAAAAAAGAAAAAAGAUUGUAGACCUCUGAAAAGGUACAAACUUUUGUUACACUUUUGGUAUUUUAUUUAUAAUUGUUAUUUUUAUAUUCAAAGUUUCCUGCAGUUUCUUGGUUCCAUUAUUUAUUGGUUUAUUUAUUUAUUUAUUGUGCCAAUCAUGCCCUGUAACUAUGUGAGCAGAGGAACCGUCGCUCUGUUUACCAUACGGAGGAAACAGCACUCAAGACUAAACAUUUCAAUGAUCUCCAAACAUUUGAAACACUCAUGAUACGGACGACAGGGACUUUCAACAACAUCUUUAGCAGAUCUCUGGUCGCUCCUCUGCUGGGCUUCCUCAAACUAAAACAGACUGCAUGUGCUCCAGAAUCCUGGAGCCCCGCCCCUUGUCUUCCUGCUCCUUGAUUACCUCACCCAGAGGCAGGUAUGACCUCUAACCUCUGCUCUGUACACGCUCUCAAAGCCCAUCACACAAACCUCAUUUCUACCAUUCCAGUAUUGUUGAGUAUUUAUGCAUUUAUUUAUGCACUAUUUUCAUUUUCUUAUUUAUUUCAUGUGUAUUUAUUUAUUUAUGUACCUAUCUAUCUAUUUAUUUAUUUAUCCUCUGUGUCAUUGGAUACUGAACUGCCGUUGACCUUUUAAGAUGCUGCUCUUUAAUGAAAAUCUUUAUAUGCAUGAUUCAGCUGUAGAGGGAUUUUAUUCUUUUUCGAGAGGGACGGUAUGCAGUGUUUGAAAGCAGAUGAAUUCAGGUGAUGAUGCUUUGUUUAAUGGGCAAUAAUUCUUCUUAGGUACAGCAACUUGUAUAAUCACAGCUGUCCUGUUAGCAGUCAAUGUAGGGCAAUAAACAAAAACCUCCUUAAUAUCUCAAAGGUCAUUCUCACCAUUUCGUUGUUUCUAGAACUCCAUUUCUUGCUAAGACCAUCCAGAAUGUCUAUAUAUGGUGUGUAUGUGUGACUCCACCCACAUUUGUGACAUCACAAUUCAUCUCAUUGCCAGAUGCCAAACAAUUUAGUAAUCCAGAAAUCUUUUACAUCUUAACACCAAAUAAAAAAGCAUAAACAAAUAUUUAUAAAUCCCCAAAAGUUCAAAUUGAACUCAACAGAUGCCUGCUUAACACGCUUGUUUUUUUGUACUUACAAAUUAAAAUGCCAUUUUAAUACGAAAAUCAGCAGCAAUAAACCUUUUUCUAUCAGAACUUUUACUAUUAUUAUCACAAUCUUAUUUCUCAGCAAUAGUUUUGAAUGCAACGAUAAAAAGUCUAACCCACAGCAUGACAUAUUUCAUGAAUUUGUCUUUAGCUGUCCAAAUAAAUCCCAUCAUAAGCAGCGGCCGCCAGUCGAUGACAUGAAAAUGACGUGAAAUAGGAGUCCCAAAUCCUAGACCCAGAAAUAAUGAAUCUCUCCCCCGCCGAAUGGCCAAUCAGGAUGGAUUAUUCAGUGUUUGGGAGAAAGGAGUGCUGGAUUCAGAACAGAGAUGAAACAAAAUAGAGGCUUAAUGGCAGCAUUGAUGGGAAUAGCUGAGCAUAUGGUGCCAAUGUGCCGCCACCUAUACAAUAAAGAUCUGAAGGAUAUUCGGAGAUGAAAGGAUGAGAAGUGCAAUCAGAAUAUGACAGUGUAAAUCAGCUGCCUCUUUGCUGUCUCUCAUCUGACAUUUUUUAAUAAAAAUAAAUUUAGCUCCAUCUUGAGAAAUGAAACCUUGCAUAGGACAAAAUGCAUCUGCAUAUAUGAUGCAGCUCGUGUCAAAGUGAAUAGAAUCGGUGUCCACUCCACCAAAAAGGGUUAACAGGUGUUGGUGGACAGACUGUAGUCUAAGAGCAUAAUUGAGUCUGAGUUUGACCUUGUGAGGAAGGUCGAGCAGCACCGGCCAAAGGCUCUGUCAGCGUUUUGCAUAUUGUAAAAAGGACGGCACAAUCUCAGUAAUGGGCCAAAACCUGCGGGGAAUAGAUAAUGAGUUUCUCCUCCCACUUUUCUUCUGCUCUUCGCCUCUUUUCCACCCAUUCCUGACCUCGUACACUGGCACGCUGUGUCUCACCGUGUCCAAGCAGCUCAUUGCUGAUGGACAUCAGUCAGAAAUAUAACAACCACUGUUCAAAUAAAAAUGCACCGUCUGGAAUUGAUUUUCAAGAAUAUUUUUACUUAAAAAAUAAUAAUAAUACUUAAUCACUGAUAGAAUGAUCACAAUUUAAAAUGUUGACAUGAAAUGUUAAGACAUUUAGAAUUUUACAAAAGAUUUCUAUUUCAAAUAAAAAACAUUCUAUUCAUCAAAGAAUCCUGAUGAAAUGUAUCACCAUUUCCACAAUAAUAUUAAGCAGCAAUAUUAACUGUUUUCAACAUUCAUAAUAAGCGACACUGAAGACUGGUGUAAAGAAUGCUUAAAAUUCAGCUUUGCAAUCAUAAAUCAAGUUUUACAUUUUUAAUGUAAUAAUAUUUCACAAUAAAACAUUUUUACAGUAUUACUGAUCAAAUAACUGCUGCCUUGGUUAGCAUAAAAGACUUUAAAAACGAUACAAAGUUUACUUUUUAAUGGUAGCGUGUAUGAAAAAUACACAAAUGUUAUCUAACAGAUAGAUUAUGUAGAAAUCUUUGUCCUUUCAUUUUAAAUAUUUGGAGUACAUUUUUUUUUGGCAAACCCUAAUUCAUUUCUGACCCUAAUGGACAUUCAUUCUGCUUUUACUUCUAAAUCAUCCUUUCAUAUUUUUGACACACCCACAGCUGUGUAGAAUCAGUCUGUUAUGAAUAUUCAUCUGGAUAUUUUCCAUUGUAAUAGGCUUGAAUUCAGAGUCAAUUUUACUUAUGCAAAGCUUGAUGUAUCUUAGAUGAGCUCUUUUAAAGACUAUCCCAAAGGACUACCACCAUCUCUUUGUUUUCAAAAAUAUCAUUUUCCCACAAAUGUUCAGAAAUGUGAGAUAACUGAAGAGACUGAGAAAUGAAAGCUUUUUUCCCUGUUUUUCCUGAAACAAGUGUAAAUAUGUGUGUAUAUAGAUCUCAGCAAUAAUGAGACACCGCAUGCGAGCCGAUCCCGUUGCUUUUACCUUUUCUGAGCCGUUUAACCCUGGACAGGCUGAACAGGAUCAGGGACUUCAUUAGCUCAUUACCUGCUGUAGCUACCAGCAAUAUUAACAAUGCUAAGCAUUCUCUCUCUGUUCACCAGGAUCUACCCUGAUUUCUUUGUCUCUGAUCCCUCUUUUUCUCUCCUGUUCUUUUUUUCUCCUUUUGUGGAAGUGCCCAGCCUGGCUGAACAAUAAUAUGAAGUGCCAAAAAAAUAAAGAGUUAUUUCCAUGACAAAAGCCUUCAGCAUAUGGUAGGCAACUCACAGCCCUCCAUAUGGUCCUUGAGAGAUUUCAGAUUGUCUCUCUUCUUUUCCCUUGCCUUCUUUCUCUAUCUUCCUGCCUCCCUGUGUAAAAACGUAAAGAUUUUUCCACUUCUGAUAUUACAUUUUGCCUGUUAUGAAGGGUUAAGCCAAUAGUGAUGUUUAUGGACAAUAAAAUCAAUAGCACAAGCA